CGUCAUUCCCCUGGUGAUCAUAUCAGUGAUCGAGUCGUCUUAAUGGUGCAAAGCUGCCUUGAACGGAUGAGUAUAAACGUAUGAUCUAAACUGGUUCCACUUUUACAAGAUCAGACCAAACAAAUUUACGACUAGCUUCUGUUCGAUUGUUCGAAAACAUAGAUAGUGAGUUAAUUGUGCGUUGCAAAAUAGAAGCCUGAAUUGUGGCCCAAACCAUUCUGGGCUUAUCAGAUCAUAUCAUUGCGGGGGUCAAAAAGGGGCACGAACUACUUCGUACAGUGCGGCAUUUUACUCUGAUACACAAUAAUAUCUUCCUAUUGGGGUGCUCAGAUAUUGAAAAUGGCAGAGACAACUCUCGACUACAAUGAGAUUCUCAUCCAGAUCUCGGUAAAUCUCACCAAUGCACUGAAUACCUUCGGUCCAGCGUCUCCACAGUACCAGUGCAUUUUGCAGAUCUUAAAGCAGUGUCUGCGAGAUAUUGAGGAAGACAAAGAACGCAAUCGCCGCGACCUCGACCCAGUUACCCUGAGUGUUGCGCUGGAGUUCUUGGAGAUAGGGGAACGGUGUUGACCUGCUUGUGGAUUCCACUCGGCAAACUAACGAGGCUUGAGCACCUGGCACUACCGAUAUGUUUCUUGGAGGCCUUGUGUUUAGACAAGAUCCGGUGUUGUGUGAUUACCCUGGACAUUUGAAGAGAACCCUUGUAUGCUCAAAAUACCCCGUCGGAUGCACUGGCGGCUGCAGGUUGUUAACUGCGCUACUUAGUUACCUGGAAAACCCGAGUCUGACUGUUAGCAUUGCACUGUCUGACAGGGACCAUCUACCAUUACUGAGUGUAUAUAUCCCAGAUGGUCGG